GAAAAAUGGCGGUGUUUUCGACGGGAAAGAGCAGUUGACAUGUUUUGACAAAUGUUUGUAGGGAACGGAAAUACUGAGAUUUAUUGAAGACAUCAAUGGUUUUCCACAAAAAUAAGCUCUCAAGAUGGAUCAUUCUGCUUUAUUCUUUAGAAAGCGCGCUCUUUGUAAGUUUAAUUAUUCUCGGUAUAUCUUUCCGAGAAAUAUCGUUUCACAGUUGUCUACCUGAGGAUCACAUUUUCUGAUAGAUAUUUUGCUCCAGAAAUAUCUUACACCAGGAGUCCAUUCUUACGUGUAAUGAAGUUCCACUCAGAGCAACUGACACCAGUUCAUGAGAAAUAUAAUCUUACUGAAAGGAACGAGUGGCCUUGCUCUAAAAGCAUUCAUUUUUAGGUUUAUUUUGAAUUAUGUAUUGCAAAGGUUUCAUGGAGAUUCUAUUUAGUUUCAGCUCAUGCAUUGUAUACAGACUACAAAUCCCAAAAGUCACUGUUCUAGACCCCUCUCCCGGAUUGUGAGGAAUCAGUUGAUGGAGGUAAAAAUUAGAGAGAUAAUGCCAAUGUAAUGUUAAAAUGUUACUUAUUUCUGGACUCAUCACCACCAAGAUUUUGAUCACGAAACAACUUUUAGCUAAAGUGAAACUGAGUUUUCUGGCAAAUUUGUUUUUUUUUUAGCAAAAAUAUAUGUGGAUUUAGAAAAUUGUAAAUAUUAGGCACUUCAUUUAACAUGUUCCAAAAAGUGUCUUAACAUUGAAAGAAAUCACUCAUCAGCUGAAAGGAAAAACCAACAACAACAGCAACAAUACAAUUAAAAAUAGCCUCCUGUAUUCCAGAAACCCUUCAACUGUUACAUGUCCUUUUCUAAUUUUUUUCCUUGCAGCAAUUCUAUAAUGCAUUCCAAGCUAAGAACCAAGAACCUCACAUAAAAUGUCCACUGCACUCAUCCAGAGAUUUAUACAGUGUUCAAGAGGGAAAUAAAAUAGAGGAGUAUGCCUCAAAAUGGGUGUGCAACUUAUGCGGCAAGGCUUUCUAUGCCGAGCAUUAUCUCGACUUGCACUUUGAUAACAGACAUAGUGACAAGUUAGUAAAGGUAAGAGUAUGCUAUCUUUUGCUGCAAGAAGAUUUUGAAGAACUACAGCACCAUCUUAUUUGAGCGUGGGACUUGAAAUCUGGAUAUUUUUUGUCAACUAAUUUGCUAUUCAUAAAACUUAUCUGUGUAUAAGCACAAAACUGAAUCACUUAGAGCUUAGGCUUGUCUCGUUUUCUGUUAUAUGAAAUAAAUUGGAGUGUUGCAUAUACCUUCCUGAAUGAGACACUAUCUCAUUUCAGGACUCUCCCCUCCCUGGACACACACACACAUCCCAGGGGCAUUUAUUAAUUUAUCAGCAUUCAAUCAUGAAUGCUGCAAUCUGGUAGAGUAUAUAUAUUUAUUUAUUGUCUGUACCUUAACUUACUUAUAGGGUUCUACAGUGUGUCUAGCUGAUUUUUGUGACAUCUUCAGAUGUGAUGUGUUUGAAAACCAGAGAAAAGACAACUUUUGGAAAAAGAAACUCUGCAAAGAAAACAAACUAAUUGUUCGCAAAAAGAGAUGUGAGGUAAUCUGGAAUAUUUUUUGCGUAUGGUGAGCUGUUUCUCUUUAACCCUUUACACCCUAACAUCAGUACAGAUAUUCUCCAUACUGUUCUCUAUACAUUUCCUUAGGUUUCCAGGGAGAAUUUGUCCAACAAUUAAGACCUUCUCUAAUUGGUGAUCAUUUCCUUUACUCUCCUGACCUUAAUGUGUAAUUCAGGGGUGAUAUUGUAUGGAGAAUACAGAUUCUCACAGGGUUGAUUCUUGUGUUUGUAAUUGAACAUGUUUUUAAAGAUGCACGUAAUUAGAAGAAACAUGAAACCUUGCUGUAAUUUUACUGUAUGAGUAAUAAUAAUGUAUAAUAAUAAUUUUUGAUAUAUUAACAUUCUAGCAUGGCUCUAAGGCUUGGUAGAAUACGACAAAAUAAAUUAUAUUCAUCCCUCAACCUUAAUGUGAUUUCCUUUGUUUUAUUGCCCCAAGCCUCUGAGCCAUGUUUGAAUUUUAAUGUACCAAAAAUGGUCGAUUGAGUCUUCAUUUGAGUCUAACAGUUAUUGAAAUAAAAGCAAACAUUAACAAUAAAAUUUCCAUGAACCAGACACAAUACAUUCAACUGACAAAAGCUCUUCAUUUGACUUUCAAGGAAGCUUGUUUUCAGGUUGUAACAUUGUCAUCUUUUCAUUACCCAUGACAGUUUUUUUAACCUUUAACUUCCAGGAUAUGAUUGUUAAUUCUCCCAUUUAGCUGCUACACAUUUCCUUGUAAAUAAAAUAAGAGAAUUUGGCACAAGAUCAAGAUAACAACUACUAUCUGAUAAGUUUGAGUAUUCCCAUUACCUGUUUGCUGAACAUUGUACAGAUAUCACAGGGAGAAGUUACAUGUUAAUCACUUUGGGGCUUAAAGGGUUUAAGACUUAACCUCUAUCUGAGUGAUAACACCAAUUGUGCAACUACUUAACAUACAGCUAAUAGCUGAUCCUUUUUCAAUUAUCAUUACAGGCUUUAAUGCGAAGUUGCCUUCCUCAGGGCAAUCUAUCAGUUGAGGAAGAAUUCAAAUUAUUUGGUUAGCUGCCUGCUCAUUACAUUCACUGGAACACUAUAUUACACACUGCAUUAUUUUCAUACAAUUUUGAUUACUCCACAUUUAAACUUACAAAAAUUCUAAACAAUUCAUGUUUUUCUGCUUAUAGAGGAGAUCAGUUCAAACACGUGUUCACUGUUAAACUGCAAGGACUACUGGGAGUUACCAUCCAACGAAGUGAGUAAAGAAGAUAUUUUGAACACUGUUGUUUGGAUUUACCUAAACAUGCUAACUUGCGAGAUCGUAGAAGCUAUAAUGGUAGACACAAAAAAUUAGUGGUAGCCAUAUUGGAUGGGACGAGGUAUGUAGAUUAAGGUAUGCGACAGUGGAAUGGCAAAAACACAGCGUCUCCGCAUGCGGGAAGGUUUUAUGGAGUACGUGGCGUGCUUUAAGGCUGUCGGAACCAAGUUGCCUCACACGAGUUACAAACAGCCACACAAGCCACUAAGUCAAGGUGUUUCAAAAUAUUAUAACUUUUGGUAAAACUAAAUACAGAAUGGUAAAUUAACAGAAUACUAAUGCUUGAAAAAGCUUUGGCCGGGUUUGAAAAGUCUCGAGCUCACCUUUAUCCCCCAUCUGUUUGUUUUACAGAUUUGUUUGAAUGUUCCAAUUUCCUUUCGCUUAUUUUGCGAGACAGCGGUCGUUUCUUAUGUUUUUCUCAGAAAUUUUGCGCGGGAAAUAGUGUGUGGCCGGUCGGAAUUGAUCCCCUCGCGCAUGCCUGACGUUUGAACGCUGUUUUGAUGAUAGGAGGGAAGCGCAUCCAACUGCGGGGUUGAUCAGGAAAGACUAUGAAAGAGACUGAAGAGCCAAACCAGAUGGGAGAGAAAAUGACACUACAUUAAUGGAUAUAACGAUUAAUAACGAUGUAAAAGAAGGAUGACUAUACAUUUUACCCAAAUUAUAUAAAAAGGGCUGUUCGUGCAAAACUGUAAUGUCUGGGUGUGACACGCAAAGGGAAAAAACCCGGGAUUUUCUUAGUUACCACCUAAAACCAGUUUGUUACGGCUGUUACAGUUCCUUCAGAUGGUAAGUAAAGGAAUGACUUUUUUGAAAAAUGCAGGGAUCAAUGUCUGUGACUCACAGUAGUUCAGUUUCUUUAUUUACUUUUUUUUCAUGCUAAGAAUCGACUGCAGGCGGAACAGCCGGCUUCUUUCAGAGACUCACUUAUUUAUGGAUAAUUUUUUUUUAGAUUUCUCCAUGGAAAGUUGUCUUCUAUGCAGUAGUGACGCCGUUUUUCUUCAUGGCUCUCAUUGUUUAUUACUAUGCUAUUUGGGAUUACUAUUAGUAAGUAUGAUUUAUCUGUCUCGAUUGAAUCACCUUUCUUUAACCCCUCAACAUCUUAGUGGGAUUAGCCUCUAAAUUCUCCUUACAGCGUCACUCUUGAAUCAAGUGUAAAGGUCAUGAGAAUAACGGAAAUGAUCACCAAUUUAAGAAGCUCCCAAUUGUCAAACACAUUCUCCCUGUCAGUACCUUAGGAAAUGUAGAGAGAGCGGUGAGGAGAAUUUGGAUACUAAUGUAGAGGUGGAAAGAGUUAAUAGGAUAGGAGUGCGAAGAGCGGCAAACUUUGGGCUUGGUCGUGGAAUAGGAAAUUGUUGUAUCACAAACGUGGAACAUAAUGGCCGUGGGAGAAUCGGCUAUCUAUCGGUUUUUUAGGAGUUUUUCUCUCCUGUGUUCUCUUCAUGUGCGUAGGGGAACUCAAAAAACCAAACCUUUUCUCCCGGGGAAGAUUUCCCUCCCUUUUGUUGGCAUUCAGGAACACAAUAACUCGUAGACAUAGGGUAGUGUAACAGAAUUACACAUCGACAACGACGCCGGCGUAGCUUUUCAAGAGCUGCGUUCUCAAAACAAACCUGAGGACUGAAUAGCGUCGCUUUCGUAGAACUCGCCCCGGGCUUACCGAGUAGUCUUCCAUAUCUGCAUUCUGUUUGGGGUUUUUCACAUAAUUUAAUUUAAUUUUGUUAAAUUUAUUCCAGCGGCGAUUACCCGCUGUAUAGCAAUAUCGGGUCACGUGAGGAAGAGGAGAAUGUCUCCGGCGGUUACGGAUUGACGUCAACUCAUUUGAGGAAAAGAUAUGGAGGCCGCGCUCUAAUGUACUAGAACAGCAAAAGGGAUUCAUAACUAUUCUAGAGCUGGUCUUAAUGCACUGAGGUCACGGAGAGGAGUAACAUUUGAGUUUUGUUCCUUGGUUGAUCUAGCAAAACUGUUGCACUACUUUAGAAACUCUUCUAGGAGCAAGACUCGUGACAAGGGCGUAGCCGAUGUGGGUCCUGCCAAUUAACUGAAAAGAAUUCGCUCCUCUUCGUCGUAAAAUCGAAGCGAUUUCUCUCAAGAGCAGUGACGGAAAACGAAAUGCUUGUAAAGGAUGUAAUCGCUGAUGGAGAAAAUGUGUAAUGAAAGAACAACUAAUGUCGUUAAAAUGAAAGCGAUGCCACCCAAAGUGUUAAACAAUGGUCUCGCUGCUUUUAAAAAUUUUGUGAAGGUGCCGAGGACGCUUGCAACCUUGGCGACAUUUGUCACCUUUUCCCUGUUCUUGAAAAAUUGCUUGCCCCCCUCCACUAACCCUUGAGCAAUGGUGACAUCGGACUUCAUAUCAAUUUCUCUACAGAUAACAGCACCAAAAAGUUCAUUUUCCCACUUAUAGUUUCGAGUUGUUAAGUUUACGAUGGUGCAGCCAAAGCCGGUGAUUUGACGUUAUUCAUCAAGAAUUCGUAUUUCUUUCUUUUUGUUGCUUUUUCAUUAAGUUCUUUCGUUUUCACGCUCAUUACUUUCAUCGACAUUCUGUUACUUUUUUGGUUUAAUUUACCUUGGUUUGUGUCAUUCGUACAAGUUCUUUACCGUAAAUGUUAUUCAUUCGGCUUCAUCGUCUAUCUGGGCUGGAUCGUUUUCCUCAGUCAUUUUCUAUGAUCGUCUUUAACCAGCCAUUUGUCUCCGGCUAUUGUACAACGGAUAUUGUAAGUAUCUUUUGUUGUCUAUUAUUUUGUUUUCUCGGUUGUCAAUUUCCUCACCAAUAAUUGUAAUAACUUGUCAAUCGUAACUUCAUUUUCGCAACUUCUUCGAUUGUUUAGUUCGCAUCAAUACUUCAGUUUGUUUCGUUUGUUGGAAUAAAUUCUUGCCGAAACAUUAAAAGAGUUACUUUGGGCAUGUACGAUUGAUUUUGGCAUAAAUUUACGAGUUCUCUCUCUGGGAAAGUAAGGUGUAGUUUUAAAUGCUCUACGCAACGUUCUCUUGGUCAUGAAAAUGAAAACGAAACUAAGGCUUGGUCGUUUCAGCUGAGCCCGAGUUGAUGAUUGUUCUCAAUAAGUUUUGAGCGGAGAGGAGUGGGACAGGUUUUAAGUAUCAUAUUUUCACCUCGGGACAUCUUGGGUCACCACAAUACAUCGUUUUUCCACCAUGCGUAUCAAUGCGUUAAAAACUGCAACGAGUGGGUCCGUCCUCACGGUUUUCUGUCCGGGUGAAACGAAAGUCUUUAUCGAUGCUAGUGAUACUCUCUGCACUAUCGCUUUGUUCUUUGGGUCUCACGAUUCAUUCUUUGAAACUACACUCCGAUGAUAAGCAUUUUAUUAUAGUCCGCAAGGCUAA